UUUCAAGUUCCUAGUCAAGUUCCGAAAGCCUCCAGUCACUCGGUAGCAUGCCAUUUCAGUUGCUCCUGCAGAGGGGAAAGACAAGGGAGCCGAAUAAAGCAGCGGGUGUCUCUGGCCUGGAGCCCCCUGCCUCCACCCCCGCCCCCCAAGCUGCUGUUAUUUCCCCAGCCAUUAGCCAGGGACCCUGCGCAGCCGCCUCACCUCCCCUAUGAACAACAAAAGCGUGAUGAAGGCCACAGGAGUCAGCGCAGGAAGCCCCGGUAUCCGGUAAGAAAUAAGAAGUACAGCAGUACAGGAUGCGCCUUGGAUCAGGGGGAUGUGAAAAGCCCUCAGUCUUCUCAGUCUUCGUGGCCCAUAGCAGAGCUGCGGGGGCUGAGACCUCAGUGCUCCUCGGAGCUCAGCUGCGCCUGCUGCUGUCGGGGCAGGGCCACUGGCCUCCUGCCCAGGGGAACACGGGAGGUGAUGGCCACCUCUGCUGCGCUACUGCUGGUGCUGCUGCUCCUGGGCCAGCUGGGGCCGGCGGCGGGUGCUCGCAGGGCGGCCGUGGUGUGCGCGGGGAGUGCCUGCUACACGGCCCACGCGGGCAAGCUGAGCGCAGCCGAGGCCCAGCUUCACUGCAGCAGGAACGGGGGCAACCUGGCCACGGUGAGGACUGAGGCGGAGGCCUGGCACGUCCAGCGGGCCCUGGCCCAACUCCUGCAGUCAGAGGCCGGCCUGGAAGCAAGGAACCGCAAGUUCUGGAUCGGGCUCCAGCGCGAGAAGGGCAAGUGCCUGGACCCCAGACUGCCGCUGAAGGGCUUCAGCUGGGUGGGCGGCGGCGAGGACACGCUCUUCACCAACUGGCACAAGGAGGUCAGGAACUCGUGCACCUCCCGGCGCUGUGUGUCCCUGCAGCUGCCCCUGUCUCCGCAGCCCCAGGCCGGCAGCCUCCCCAAGUGGUCCGAGGGCCCUUGCGGGAGCCCCAGCAUCCCCGUAAGCAACAUCGAGGGCUUCGUGUGCAAGUUCAGUUUCAAGGGCAUGUGCCAGCCUCUGGCUCUGGGGGGCCCGGGCCGGAUCAACUACACUACGCCGUUCCAGGCCACCAGCUCCUCCCUGGAGGUCGUGCCCUUCGCCUCCGUGGCUACCGUGGCUUGCGGGGACGGCGACCAGGGUCAGGAGCAGCACUUCCUGUGCAGGGAGAAGGCCCCCGGUGUGUUCGACUGGGGCAGCUCCGGGCCGCUGUGCGUCAGCCCUGGGUCGGGCUGCAGCUUCAAUCAUGGGGGCUGCCAGCAGGUUUGCCUCGAGGGAGGCGACGGCUCCUUCCGCUGCGGCUGCGGGCCGGGGUUCAGGCUGCUGGACGACUUGGUGACCUGCGAGUCCCGGAACCCUUGCAGCUCCGGCCCGUGCUCGGGGAUGGCCACCUGCGUGCCCGAACCCCACUGGGAGAGCUUUGCGUGUCGCUGCCCCCAGGGCUACCAGCUGGACGCGAGCCAGCGGGACUGCGUGGACGUGGACGAGUGCCAGGCCUCCCCCUGCCCCCAGGAGUGUGUCAACGUCCCCGGGGGCUUCCGCUGCGAGUGCUGGGUGGGCUACGAGCUGGGCGGCCCCGGAGAGGGGGCCUGCCGGGACGUGGACGAGUGCGCGCCGGGCCGCUCGCCGUGCGCCCAGGACUGCACCAACACGGCCGGCUCCUUCCACUGCUCCUGCGCGGAGGGCUACGUCCCGGCCGGGGAAGACGGCGCCCAGUGCCAGGACUUGGACGAGUGCGCAGACCCCGGGCGCGGCCUUUGCGACAGCUUGUGCCUCAACACGGAGGGCUCCUUCCGCUGCGGCUGCCUGCCGGGCUGGGAGCUGGGUCCCGACGGGGUCUCGUGCGCGCCGGGCCCCACGGCCCCGGCCCCCGUGGCUAGCCCUGGGCCCCCCCCGGGGCGGGGUGCGGGAGGCAGGGCAGGGGAAGUUGUGGUUUCUGCCCCCGUGGCCAGCCCCACCGGGGCCCCUGAGGGCGCCUCCGCGGAGGCAGUGGCCACCGAAGGACCCUCCCUCGCCCCCAACUACCCCGUCACCCUGGCCGCACUGGACGUGCAGGCGCCCAGUGGGCCCCCUGGCGCCCGGAUGGAGCCAAGCACCCGUCACCCCAGGGCCACCACUGGCCGCGGGGAGAAUACUGACGAGGAUUUCACGGCCAGACACGGCGAUGAGGGCACGGACGGACAGAAGCUGCUGCUGUUCUACAUCCUGGGCACUGUGGUGGCCAUCCUCCUCUUACUGGCUCUGGCGCUAGGGCUGCUGGUCUACCGAAAGCGGCGAGCAAAGAAGCACGAGGAGAAGGAGAAAAAGCCCCAGAACACGGCCGACAGCUACUCCUGGGCUCCUGAGCGAGCUGAGGGCAGGGCCUUGGAGAAUCAGUACAGUCCAACGCCAGGAACAGACUGCUGACUCGGAGGCUGGAGGGGAGAGGUCCCCAGAGACACAGACUGUUGGCCAUCACCAAUCUUUACGCAUUGCAUCGGAAGGGGGGUGGGAUCCACGUCCUUCCAAAAGACUGGACCGGAAUCUUAGCAAGCAGUUGUAAACAUUCUUAAAAGCCUGACCACUUGGAAUAUACAGGUAUUUUCUACGUGUGUGUGUGUGGUAUUCCUGAAGUGGAAGCAAUGGGAUGGGAUGCGAUGUCAUUUCAGGAAUUUUGUGGAUAUUAACAAUUCUCACUCACUUUCCCUUUUCAAAUUCCAACGUGACUGGUUUCAUUUUUCCCACUGAUUGUGGAUCAGGGGCUUACACGUCAGGUGCUAAGGGGUCUCCUUUUGAACGACUUCUCUGCUCACUGGAAUCAUCUAAGAAGAAAAGGUGGUCUGCUAAUGCUAAUUAAGAUUGAAAUUAUUUGUUCCUCUUAGUAGAACAGAGACUAAAUCAAUUGUUUAAUUAUAUAAGAAGCUUUUUUGUUGUUGUUAAGGACUGGAAACAUUUCUUUCUGUUUGCAUUCAUGCAUUUUCCCAUCAUAAGCCCUGCUGAACUUGAUAUACUUGGAAUCCUGCAGAAUGACCAGAGUAUACUGAACUGCUUAGGUAGUAAGAAUGCUGAAAGUUUAGAAAUCGCAUUUCCUAGUUCUUAAUGUCUCUAAUUGUCUUGGGUUUAUUUGCAAGUGAAACCUGGAAAGUGUGGGAGAGGUAUGAAGUGAGUUGAGAGUGAUUUUGAAAGUAAGUACUCCAAAGAGCUUGAGGAGAAGCCUUGGGUUUGUUUCACAAAUAUUUGAAUCAAUCCACCUAAAUGCACUUGCAUUAACACAUACUUACUAUUGAUGAGAUGAAUGCACACAAAGAAAAAAAAGCUGGAGACACCUUAUCUCUGAGCCAGUGCAGCCCUGAGACACCUCCUAUGCCACCUGCCUUCCCUGCGUGCCACUAUUUAAAUGCUCUGAUCAUAGGUGGACGAAGCCCUGAGAAAUCUCUCAUUCUGAUUUUUAAGGCUGUGUGAGGGGGACGAGAUGCUGAGUUUUGAAAGCUGGCAUCAUAAGGUAUUUUAACAUAGCUUGCAGCUGGUGUUGCUUCCUGAGAACAUGAUCCUGACUCGUGGCUGUAGCUUUCAAGUCAGGGAACGAGAAGGCUGGACUUUGUCACCGUUUGGCUUGAAAAAUGUCACAUCUUUCUCUAAUUCUUAAAAAAGCAGGGGAGGUGGGAGGGGGUAAGAGAAUAGCUCAAAUCUUUUGCAACCACAAAAACCAUUCAAAGCAAUUUUAAUUUAUUUUUAAAAGCUCACUUGCGAAACUUUCCCCUCCCUAUGUAGUGGUGGAGAGUACUUUCUCCCCACAUAGCUUUGCCUGGGUCACUGGGAAACAGUGCAGGGAUUCACCAAUGGUCGGAGCUGUUACAAACUGCCUGCCUGGCACUCCGGUCUCCGGUCAUCUGCAGGCUUGUUGCUGUCAUCGUGCAGAACAGAACAGGAAUGUAUUUCCUUCUAGGGAUUCCAAAGUCUGCCUCUCAGAACCAAGGUGCCCUAUUGUUUCUGGUUUUGCCUUAGAAACACAUCCGUCCUAGAGGCGGGCACCUGGGGCAGGAAGAGUGGCCAGGGGCCCAGCCCUCAGUAAAUACCCUUCAGCUAAUUUUGAAAUGCAGAUGCUAUAUUUUAGGAUUUGCUUCUGUUUGUUUUGUUUCGUUUUGUUUUCCCAAGAAAAUUGGUAACUGAAGGAGUGGGCAUAGGGAAAGGUGAAGGUUGUGGAGGACUUAGCAAGGUAUCUGGAACUUUUGCUUUUUAAGGACAUCCAGUAUUAUUUGGAUUUCCGUUGAUAUAUUGAAGUUUAACACCCAGGGAGACAAAGGCUGUGUCCACUGGCCACGGGACCAGUGGCCGUCAAUUGUGUGGAAACGAACCCGGCCACGGUUCAGAUGAUCUUAAAGAGUUGGCUAGAUACAUUGCUGAUAGUAGCUGUACUUACACGAAAUAAAUGCAGAUUCAAAAGCUUUACCUCCAGGCUUUUACCAUUCUAUCUUAUCAUUAGAGGAAGGAGACAUUCCUAUUCUAGGCUUUGCCUAGAAUCUGCCCCUUCCUGAACUAAUGAGCCCUACUUUUUCUCCCAGCCACUCUGACCAGUGACCAAGAUCCUGGAAUUGGAUGACCCCAGGCAGUGAACCUGAUGAAAACCACUGGCCUCAAACAAAUAUUCUUGUCCCAUUUGAUACCACUGUCUUGAUAUCUCUGUCAUUCUCUGAGGAUGUGAAUCCUUGUCUGGGGAGAUAGGCACCCACUGGCCGUGGCAAGCUGUCCUUUUAUCCAGAUGUUCCCCAGGCGGCUCUGCCGUGACACAGUGAGAAGUGGGGGGGAUGGAAUAUGGUAGAGGUAGGCUCUGGCACGCACAGACUCCUCCCUGCGUCCCUGGGCUGGGCAGGGGCAGACCAGGUGCUGUUCUAUCCCCUGGCUUCCAGGCAGCAGAACAGCAGGGACAAUGGACAAAGGGAGGCAUCUCCGACUUGGCAACAAGUGCAAAGUCAACAGAGAUUUUUGUCCAAAUAGAAUUUCCCAUAGUUCAAUAAUGCUCUUGGAAAAACUAUAUUCAGAACAAACCCAUCCUCUCCUCUCUCUCCAUCUCCCAACGCAGAUAAUUUAAGGGGAGGAUGCCUCCUACAAUACACAGCCCACUAUGCUCCUUUCUGAAUUUCGGGGAUGAUCACUGAUCUUUUUUCCUGUUCAUUUGCAUACAUGAUGCAGGACAGGCCCCACCCUGGAAUCUGAGGAGUGUAAAAGUGCAAAGGUGAAGCACUUAUUUGAAAAUGCCUUGGAAGUGGUGGACCUGGUGGGGUCUUUUGUAGGGUACACCCGCCACUGCUCAGCAUUGUGGGCUUGAGGCAAAAGCGGCCUCGCCCAUGUCCCUUUGGUUCACCUACCUGCCUGAUUAUCACAGUCGUGACAUCUGGUGCCACAUAUCCGCAUGGUAUUUUACCAGCAGCAUAAAGUGGGUGACUCAAGUGGGUUUUGUCUUAAGGACAGGAGAGAUUCAAGCUAACAUCCUCCCCAUGAUUAGGCAAAAAGGUAGAAUAAAAAGUUAAGUGUGUAUGUGGGUGUUUGUGUACACAGUACAGGAGGAACUAAGUUGGAAGUGCAUCUUUCUCCCUGAAACACACACAUGUGUGGUGCAAUUUUAAUAUCCCAAUCAGGAGCCCCUGUUUGAGCAAUCCUGAUGGGACCUGGAGUUUUGUCACUGAACGACCUCCAGAGAAUAUGGUUGUGAUCAUUAGCUAAUUUUAUUUCAACUCUCCUUACCACAAAUAUUUUUGUGAAAAUUAAGAGAACAGAGAUGAGAUUUGACCCCAAAAAAGUACUACAUUCAAAAUAGUGCAGUUUUUUAAAGCAAAUAUAGGACAGCCUUUUCCUAUUAUUUUUCUCCUUAGUUUCUCCAUUGUCUGAAUCAGGAAAACAGGAAAGCAUGGCUUUCUAGCAGCCACAAAAUGGUGUAAUGUCCUCUCCAUAUUUCCAUCACCUUAAACAAUAGAUUUAACUAAGGAAUCUGAGAUAUGAUCCCUGAAAACAUCUGUCCCUGUCUGGCUGUAAAACCUACUGCUUAUGUCUCUGUACUUUGUGGCAUUUGUCAACCAAAAAAAAAAAAAAAAAAAAGAAGAAGAAGAGGAAGAUGAUCAAAAUUCUCCACGUAUUCUGUGUUCAAAUACCAUAUUCUGCUUCAGAUUCCUGAAACUAAUACUUGCUGAAGUGCUUAAAAAAAAAAAAAAAGAAUCAUGUUUUGACUUGUUCUUGGCGAUCAUGCCUGUCUAUUUUAGGAAGAAACUGUGGAAUUUCUUUCUCACAUUGUUCCUCUCAUCUGAAGGGGGCAAGCGUUUCCUUUCUGCAGAUUUUGCCUGCUAUUCUGGGCUGGGUUCUUUUUGCGUAUUUGGCUGAAGCCUGCAUUAGGUCAUUCACCAGGCCUGGUUCUGUGAUACUUGAUGGAAUUGUAAAUGUCCGUCAUCACUGCACAAUUGCUAGAUGAGAAUGUAAGUCUCUUCAAAUCUGUGCAUUUGGAAUGUGUUCCACUAAUUCGGCCAUUGUGGGAUUUCUCUCCAGGGCUUCUUUCUGUCGCAGGCUCGACUCUUUGUCAGGGCUGGGAGGACAGGCUUGGCCGCUGCGUCGGCCUCAGAACUCUGAGAAACUGAGGGGCAUCUCAGGUCUGCCUCCACAAGUAGCCUGCUUGUUGUCCUUUGUGUUUUAUGUCACAUGCCUAACCUAAUAAACUCUGAAAUGCUUUUGUUGCCAA